GUGACUUUUGGGCGUGGACCACAAAGCGGUCCUCAUCGUGCUGCCAGGCUGUUGCCCAGUUCAGUCCAGCUGGAGGAAUUCGACAUGUCACGCUGGAGCCAACUCGUCCUGGUGCUGUGCGCCGCCACCGUGACGAUGAUGAUACGUGAAGGGGACGCUCUUCGCUGUUACAAGUGUGCUGACUACACGGGCCGCUGUCACAACGUGCAGGAGUGCACGUACGAGGAUGCCUGCUUGUCUCUGAGCGAGAGAGGAGGGAAGACCAUCCGUCAAUGCAUCAGGUAUACCGACUGUGACAAUUCCCGCCUCUCCCAGAUGUUCCCUGCUAUGUCGGAGUUCACGUACCGCUGCUGUACCAGCAACCUAUGCAACUCCGGCAACGUCGUCACCGUGGCGACACCCGUCACACUACUGGUUGGAUCACUGCUCAGUGUCCUUGUGUGCUGGCUGUGAAAAUGUCACAUGACCACAAAUAAACAAGGAAAGUUAA